AUACCUGCCAGGAGCGACUCCAUUCUAGUCACUACCGUGGAGCCGGUAACCCGGGGUAAUGGAGGAUCUAGGGGCCGGAGGUAUAGAGGUGCGCUCCCGGGCUAAGCAGUAUGAGAAGCUGGAGUUCUUAGGGGAGGGACAGUUUGCCACUGUCUACAAAGCGAGGGACAAGAACACUGAUAGGAUAGUGGCAAUUAAAAAGAUUAAGCUGGGUCACAGAGCAGAAGCCAAUGAUGGUAUAAACAGGACUGCAUUAAGAGAAAUCAAACUUCUGCAGGAGCUGAGUCAUCCGAACAUUAUAGGGCUUUUAGAUGCUUUUGGCCACAAAUCAAACAUAAGUCUGGUGUUUGAUUUCAUGGAAACGGAUCUAGAGGCGAUUAUAAGGGAUACAAGCUUGGUCCUAACUCCGGCACAUAUUAAGUCUUACAUGCUGAUGACCCUGCAAGGACUGGAGUACUUACAUCAUCUGUGGAUCCUGCAUAGAGACUUGAAGCCGAACAAUUUGCUGUUAGAUGAGAAUGGGGUCCUUAAACUGGCUGAUUUUGGUCUGGCGAAAUCAUUUGGAAGUCCCAACCGAGUUUACACUCAUCAAGUGGUAACAAGGUGGUACCGGUCACCAGAGUUACUUUUUGGCACCAGGAUGUAUGGCGUGGGCGUGGACAUGUGGGCAGUGGGUUGUAUUCUAGCAGAACUCUUGCUGAGGGUCCCAUUUCUGCCUGGGGAUUCUGACCUGGAUCAGCUUACAAAAAUAUUUGAGACUUUGGGCACACCGACAGAAGAGCAGUGGCCUGGUAUGUCUAGUUUACCGGAUUACGUCACAUUUAAGAGUUUUCCUGGGACUGCACUGCAUCUUAUAUUCAGUGCAGCAGGCGAUGACCUCCUUGAUCUUCUCCAGGGUUUAUUCACUUUCAACCCUUGUUCAAGAUGCACAGCUUCACAAGCAUUACGUCGAAAAUAUUUUAGCAACAGACCUGCACCAACUCCUGGGCACUUAUUACCAAGACCCAACUGUUCUGUUGAAGCGCUGAAAGAGCAGCAAAACAUAACCCUAGGUAUCAAGAGGAAAAGGGCGGAAGGUCCCGAACAAAAGGACAUUGUAAAAAAGUUGAACUUCUGACGUCACACAACUUACCGUCAUUCCCAAAAAGAAUUGCUGCUAUUACAGACGACUUCAACAGACUGCUCUGAACAUAGUGUCCUCUACUGAACUCCAUUAAGAUUAACUUUGUAACAUAUUGUAUAAUACAUAGUUCUUACUACUGUUAAUGGUAACAAUAUAUUUUGUUAAUAUUUUUUAAUCCUUAGCCAAACUGUAUAAACAUCUCAAAAGACUCAAGGAUAUAC